GGUCAUAUUUGGUGUCUCAUGCAAGUGGCGCCGUCUAUUUUCCUAGAUCUAAGACUGGAAGAACUUGUUUGCAGUGUUUUGUCACGAUUGUGACUAAGCAUUUUAAAAUAACAAACAGUUUUCCUGUGGCAGUUUUACAGUUUUUACUUUGAAUGAUUUUAUGGGAGCAACCAAUCGUACUCAGAGGAAGACAUGGCAGACGUUAAGACUAAAAUCGCUGGCGUCAAGCCUAAUAUUACAGAUCAGAUAAAGACUAAGAUUGUCAGCAAGAAAGUUGUGGUGUAUUCAAAAUCAUCUUGCCCCUAUUGCAAAAAGGCUAAAGAUGUUCUAAAGCAAUAUAAUAUACCGAAAAGUGAUAUAGAUAUUAUAGAAAUAGCUAAUGAUCCAAAGUGCAACGCCAUUCAAAGUGCUCUUCAAAAAGUAACCGGAGCAAGAACGGUGCCAAGAGUGUUCAUAAAUGGAAAGUGCAUUGGUGGUGGAAAUGAAACUGAGGCUUUACACAGGUCUGGGAAACUGAAGGGCAUGCUUGGACUUUAGUUACAUAUCUUUUCACCUGUUUUGAUGGAGAUUCUAAUUGAAAUGUCCAAGUAUUCCAAAACCUACCAGUCAGCAAGAAGACUUAAUACAUCUUGAUUAAGAUUUUUCUGUGAUUUUCUGUUUGUUUGAAUAGACUGUAUACACAACUUUGAUAGUACUCUAAAACAGUUAUAACUGUCUUGUAAUAUGUUUAAGAAUAAGAUGUACUUAAUCUCGUGCCAACAUAAAAUUGUUGUCUUCACAUUUUUAACAAUCAGCACUAUUUAGGUUUUAUAUUUACAUUUUAUUUUCUCUAAUGUCACAAUGGAAGAUCAGGGAGUAAAAUGUUUUAUUUUACACCUGGCAUUCUUAACUUCUGUGAUACUGUAAAUAUAAUAGAUCUCUAUGGAUUUUCCAAGGCAUUUAAUCAGAUACAAUCUGGUACAUUGUUGUGUAAUAUUGUUUGCUGUGAUACUGUCUGUUCAGCUGUCAGUAUUAGAAACACCUUUGUCUUUAAAAAAUUUAGUGAUAAGUUUUUACCAAAACAGAAAUAAAUAGCAGUGGUAUUUUACAUCUUUUGUAAAUAUUGUAUAAAGCAGCUAUUCAUUGUUUUAAAUCUUAGACAUUCUAGUUUCUACAUUUAGCAGAGUUAAGGGCAAGUUACAG